ACACAGAGAGCACAGGGAGGGAUUUCUGCGGAAAUAGAAACUCAACAUGUUACAUGAAAAACAUACUUCCCAACCCCCACACAUUAUGCUCUGCUCCUGCCCAUCACAGUCUUUAUAUGUUGUGUGCUCCGAAGCAAAAACAACUUGUUUAAGUCAUUUAACUGUGGGUGAUAUCAGUCUAUGGAGGAACAAUGCAGCACAGGAUCUUCGUUCUCCUGAAUUUACACUUUGUGGCUGGCAUUUUGCUCUCACCUCCUUCCAAUGUCGCCAUCUCUUCCUUCAACAUGGAACACACAGUCAAGUUCCUGCCAGGACCUGGGACCCCAACGGAAACCCACUUCACAGUCCAAAUCAUCAACUACAGGAAAAACUCGUGGAGACUAGUGUCAGGUUGUUCGGAGCUGACAGCGGGACAGAUGUGCAACGUAACCAGAGCUUUUAAGGACCAAUACAAUCAAUACAAAGCCCGCGUCCAGGCCUUCACUGCCACCCAGACGUCCAACUGGACAGUGUCACGCUGGUUCCAGCCUCUGUCAGACACUGUGUUGGGGCCUCCUGAUGUGUCUGUGUCUGGCUGUGGAAACUGUCUUAUCCUACACCUCAAAGUUCCGGCAACACGGGGACUCCCACAUCAUCUGCAGCUGAAGAGUCUCUACAGAGGAGUCGCCUUUCAGGUGCAAAGGACAAGAGAUGGAGCACAGUUCAGCCUGAAUGUGCCUUUUAAUGAGGAGAAUGUGAUCAUGUACCUGCAACCAGGUGUGGAGUACUGUGUGAUUGUCACUGUGACCACGCUUUUAAACUCCAACAGUGUCUCCAGUAAACCUUACUGUGCCUUCACCAGCCGUCCUUCACCCACCAGUUCCUUGUAUGUGGUCUUUAGCCUGCUCACUGUUUCCUGUAUGACAGCCUUCCUCAUCAUUGGAUUGGUUCUUUAUGGCGGUCAGCUGAGCUUGAAGUUUAGAUCACGACGCUGCUGAAAUAUGAACAUGUCCGCCAGUGAAGAGGAGGAAAAGAGGAUACUCGGAGCCCAGAGGAGCUCGUUAAACAGACUGACUGGUUCUGAGAGCCGAAGGACAUUAGCUGUGUCCCAAUUGUCAAGACUUACAAGUGUGCAACUGUACACCGAGAGAUUAAAUGCUGCCCUCCACAGGAUAAAGUCGUGAAUCACAGUUUCUCCUGCCCCUUGAAGCCUGAUUAUUUGUUUUACUCUUAAUCAGCCACAACAUCCUAAAAAUCUGAUAUAUUUAAAAAAGAUCUAUAUACAUAUAUAUACACACAUACACAUUUUAUGUUUAUGUUUUAUGUUUAUUAUUUUUAUGUGUAUCUCGUGAGACAAGACAAAUAAUUUACCUCAAAAGUAUGAUUUACAAAUAUAAUUAUCUGCAUACAGAUUUAUGAUUUGUACAAAAAUAAAACCCAAUUUCUACGACAGUAGUUUAACAAUAAAAUUAAAUAUGUACAAUUCAAACAAUGCAGUCUAAUAAUUAUUAAUUAUUCACAGCAGAUCAUUUUGGACAUGAAGUAGUAAAACAAACACCCGUUGCAAAAAGCAGGUUUAGUGAAAACACUUAGUCAGUUACCCCGGCAACAUACUAUGUGAACCUAACCUGCUCGCUGGCAGGUUUUCUUCAACUAACCCUGAGUUUCUCCUGCUUGAAGCCUGCACACUGAAGGCAGUGGCAGACGUCGAGGUUAUUAGACCCCGAUUGGAUGUUUUAUUAUUCCCUGAUGAGUACCUGUACUCAUUACAUCAGUACAUUUUUAUAUUUCAUCUUUGCUGCCAAGUCUGUUUGGUGCGUGUUGGGUUGCACCUGUGUGCACAAACACACAUAUGGAAUAUAAUUGUUGAAUAAGUGGAACAUUCAAGACAAAACAUUUCUUUUUUUCUCCAAUUAAUACUCACGCAUUGACUCGAUCAGCAAUUGUCUGCCAUGCGAGCUCCCACUCUUUGCUGCUGCCACAGUAUUGCGUUUUGGUUUUUUUUAAAUAUAUGCUCAUUUUCUGCAUAUGCAGACAUUAACAUUUCCAACUCCAUUGGGUUUUGCUUUCUAUGACUUGUUUCCAUGGUGAAUAAUAUUAUCUGUGAUUGAUGAGGGCUUUUUAUAUCCUCAUGCAUGGGCUUCACUCAGGUUUACUUUGACUCAGAGUUGAUUGAACUAAUUGUUAUCACCUGUUCUGAAAUUAAUAUUAUGUAUUAAACCCAAAGAAUAACUGAAGAAAUAUCUCAACCUGACAAGUGCAAUGUGUUCAUACUAUUACUGAGCUAUUAGUAUGUGCAUUAUUACUGUAAAGCAUUUGAACUCUGUUGUCCAGCACUUUUCUUCCGUUCAUGUGGUUACUGGUUUCACUGACCAGCUUUUAUCAGGUGAAAAUUUGACUUUUUGGUUCAUAGGCCUGUUCUUCAAGUUUACAUAGAAUUAAAUAUGCUGACAUUUCUUCUCCUUUAUGUCAUCAUGGAUGUGGUAUCUGGACUAAAAUUAAAUGAUGUUUGAAAAA